AUGCCACCCAAGAAAGACUGGUCGAUCUACACAGUCGACAUCCUCAAGGUCGAAUGUGGAAAGAGAUCUCUCGUUAGAUCUGGCACGAAAGCAGAUCUCAUCUCCCGGCUUGAAACUUGUGAAAGUCAGAAUGCAACGCCACUCCAAUCUUCUGGGCCGCCAGCAAAUGCACCAGCUGGUCCAGCACUCGAGCCAUCUAGUCUUAGUGUCAGUAAUCCCAGCGAACGAGAACUCGAAAAGCUAUGUCAAGAAAAUUGGACCCCUUAUACUUCCGAUCCACAAGGCCAUCAGCGUCGCGAGACGAUCUUUGCAGAACAAAGAGCCAAACACACAGAAGCUGUCAAGAAAAAAGACGCCGCGAUCGCUCGAGCGCGUGCGAAAUGUGAGAAGGCGCUUGAAGAAUGCCGAGCCGAGAGAGAUGAGAGGGUUAAAGAGUUGCAGAGUGAAGUGGAGAAGAGAAAGUCUUGGAUGUGGGCUUUUGGGAGACUUAAGGAGCUGCGUGCUAAGAAAGGGAUGACGACUUCAGCGAGCGAUUAUAGACCAGAUCGGGUUCAGGAGGGUGGUUCAUCGGUUAGAGAGAAAGAAUCUGGAUGUGGAAGUGAUCAAGUGGCGGCAGCUUCGAAACAUGCGAGGGCGGUAGCCAAAGAGAAAUUUUCUAUUCCAGAUGAACCUGAUCGGCGCAUUAGAAUCUCACCAAGCCCAACUCCGUCUAAAUCCGUCUCGAUCUCAGAAGGCCUUGGAAAGUCUCAGGGCCUGAUGAAUGGCUCUACAUCUGCAACGAUGCAUCGCACUCAGCCAGCUUCAUUGAGAAACCCGGUAUCUGCAUCUCUCUGUCGCAAGCCAGCUCCUUCGUUGAAUAGUACAGCGUCUCUCACGAGUAAUCAAACACAAGUUACCCCCUUGAAAUCUGAUGGCCAGCCGACUACAGAAGCGAAGGCCAGCGCUAAACGAUCUGCCUCUGACGCCUUCCCAGAACACGAACAGAGAGGGGCACGUUCAGGUUUUAAUUUCAUCGGAUUUAGGCAUGCUGCUCACCAUACUUGUCAGCCUAAUAGACUUGCUUCUGCACUAGAUGGUUUACCGCUGAGUAUUGUAGCUGCUGCCAAACCUCAAGUUGAGGCCCCUGUCAAAGUGGAAUUACCAUCUUUGGACUCUGAAGAGCGGGCUAUUGUUAUUGAGUGA